CCUCUGCGCCUGUCCGCUUGUCACGCGACACCCAAGCGUUUUUACGACAGUCCAUGCGAGAUCGAGCUAAACGGUGGCUUUACGGCAGCUCCAUUGCCCAGCCAGGCUAGACGAAAGCAUGUCGAAAGCGAAACAGAAACGAGCGAAGAGACUCGGUUUUACUGGGCGGAAAAAGGGCGGCGAUGGGGAGCAGACCAAGACGCAGGGAGGGAGGAAGGACCCAGGGGUGCCCAACGUGCGGCACGUCAAGGAGCAUGCUCGGAGGGAGGCGGAGCUGAGGAAGAAGAGGCUGGAAGAGCUCCAGGAGAAGCAGAGGGCGUCCCGGGACAGGGAGCUCAUGAAGCGCCGCAGCCUGGACAGUUUCCAGAGGGACGCGCAGCUCCGGCAGAGGGAUUUCGAGCAGAAGGAAACGGAGAUCAGGAAUUUGGAAAAACACGCCAACUUUGAAAACGAAAACUCCAGAAAGGCAUACUACAGAGAAUUUAAAAAGGUGAUCGACGCGGCAGAUGUCAUUCUGGAGGUGCUGGACGCCCGGGACCCCCUGGGCUGCCGCUGCCCCCAGGUGGAGCAGGCGGUGGUGCAGAGUGGGACGAAUAAGAAGAUCGUCCUGGUGCUCAACAAGAUCGACCUGGUCUCCAAAGACAUAGUGGAGAAGUGGAUCAAGUAUCUGAGGAAUGAGUUCCCCACUGUGGCCUUCAAAUCCUCCACACAGCAGCAGAGCAGGAACCUGAAGCGCAGUCGUGUGCCAGUGGCCCAGGCCACCGCAGAGCUCCUGAGCAGCAGCGCGUGCGUCGGCGCCGACUGCCUGAUGAAGCUGCUGGGCAACUACUGCCGCAACCUGGACAUCAAGACGGCCAUCACGGUGGGCGUGGUGGGCUUCCCCAACGUCGGGAAGAGCAGUCUGAUCAACAGUCUGAAACGGGCUCGAGCGUGCAGCGUGGGGGCCACGCCCGGGGUCACCAGGUGCCUGCAGGAGGUGCACCUGGACAAGCACAUCAAGCUGCUGGACUGCCCGGGCAUCGUCAUGGCAACCUCGCUGACGGACGCCGCGAUGGUCCUGCGGAACUGCGUGAAGAUCGAGCAGCUGGUCGACCCCGUCGCGCCCGUGGAGGCCAUCCUGAGGCGCUGCAGCAAGCAGCAGAUCAUGCAGCACUACGGCAUUCCCGACUUCCGCAGCACGCUGGAGUUCCUGGCCCUGCUGGCUCGCAGGCAGGGCAAGCUGAGGAAGGGGGGGCUGCCCGACCACGACAAGGCGGCCAAGAGCAUCCUCCUGGACUGGACAGGGGGCAGGAUCAGCUACUUCACCCACCCGCCCGAGACCCACACGCUGCCCACGCACGUCAGCGCGGAGAUCGUGGCCGAGAUGGGCAAGGCGUUCGACUGGGAGGAGCUGGAGAGGGGGAACCAGGAGGCGCUGGCUGAGGUGACCGGCCCCGCCGAGCACGCUGGCUUCUGCAUCGCGACCUCGGGCAUGACCCCGGGGGAGCAGGGGGAGCCCCCGGCUGAGCAGGACAUGGACGACGCGUCGCGGGAAGAGCCCGACCCCGAGGAGGGGGCCGAGUCCAUGGAGGACGACCAGGAUGCGGAGCUCGGGCCGAUGACGGUGCAGCUGGUUCGGCCGCGCACGAGGUCGGGCGGAGCCGGAGCCGCCGGGCGCGCCGAAGUGCCCCGGGCGCCCCGCCUGUCGGACAUCCUGGACAUCGACCCCCUGCAGCAGGGUCAGGCGCUGCUGGCAGCCGGCAAGAAGAGGAAGAAGCAGCAGAAGAGGGCAGAUAAAAUCGCAACCAAGCUCUCGGACACCCUGACAGCCGCGAUGAAUUUCGGACUCUCCGACAGCUGAGAAACUCCGUUUGCUCUGGAGCCGAAGAAGGAGAUUUGUACAAAACACGAGUGUACAGAGGACGCCGUACCAUGUUUGUGUGUCAGCAAACUCUCUUGGCCUCACACCAUCAGCGCCGCAUGGUUGAUGAGUGUACAUUGCAAAUAAAUCCAUAUUUAUCCUGUUUUUACAA